GAUGCCACCGACGAGGUCACCGUUAAUGUCUUGCAAUACGGCAGACUGCAUUCCCCGGAAGCCAAGGCACAGAUGGCUCGGUAUCGUAUCGGAAGAAUCGAGGGCCACUGGAGGAACUUUGUGCCACCCAUCCAGGGAGGCAAGUUCAGGGCCAUCGAGCAGGGCGGCCCGGAGUUUGACCCUGCCGAAGACGACGACGCACUGCGCUUCUUUGGCGCCUCAUCGCCCAGCGAUAUCAGCUCACGAGAAGCCUCGCCCGUAUUUGACACCGCCGAGAACCACGUCCGCCAUAGACACGGCGCCGCGCCGAGCCCAAACUCGACCUCUGGCUCUUCCGCUACGUCAGUAAUCGACGAUGGCCACGACGACAAGGAGAUGGACGGUACUGCCUUUCUCGACUCGGAGACGCGGAAGCAGAUCCGUCUCGACCUCGACAAGUACCCUGCCCUAGACGACGAGACGCAGUCGGACAUCGUGCGAAAGUACAGGCUCCUCGACAAGCGCAUCAAGGCUGAGGGGCUUUACGACUGCGACUACCGUGCCUAUGCCAUCGAGGUAUCACGGUAUACACUUCUCUUCGUCGGCAUGCUGACGUUUCUGCGAUGGGGCUGGUACUUCCCGAGCGCAGCUUGUCUGGGCUGCUUCUGGCACCAGCUCGUCUUUACCGCUCACGAUGCCGGGCAUAUGGGCAUCACUCAUAACUUUCACGUCGACACGUGCAUAGGCAUUUUCGUCGCCGACUUUAUGGGCGGGCUGUCCAUUGGAUGGUGGAAGCGGAAUCACAACGUCCACCACAUUGUUACGAAUUCUCCCGAGCAUGACCCCGAUAUCGAGCAUCUGCCCUUCUUCGCUGUCUCCCACCGUUUCCUCGGUAACUUGACGUCGACCUACUACGAGCGAGUAAUGGAGUACGAUUUCGCCGCGAAGCUGUUCCUGAAGGCACAGUCGUAUCUCUACUACCCCAUCAUGCUCUUUGGCCGCUUCAACCUGUACAGACUUUCCUGGGACCACCUUAUCAUGGGCCGCGGUCCAAAGAAGGGCAUCGCCUGGUGGCACCGCUGGCUCGAGAUGGCCGGCCAGGUCUUCUUCUGGAUCUGGUUCGGCUACGGCAUCGUGUACAAGUCCAUCCCCACCAACUGGGACCGCUUCGUCUUCGUCAUCAUCAGCCACAUGUUCCAGGCCCCGCUGCACGUCCAGAUCACGCUCUCCCACUUCGCCAUGAGCACCGCAGACCUCGGCCCCCACGAGUCGUUCCCGCAAAAGAUGUUGAGGACGACCAUGGACGUCGACUGCCCGACCUGGCUCGACUUCUUCCACGGCGGCUUGCAGUUCCAGGUCGUCCACCACAUGUACCCGCGCAUCCCACGCCACAACCUGCGCAAGACGCAGCGGCUCGUGCAGGACUUUUGCAACGAUGUGGGCAUUCCGUACGCCCUUUACGGGUUUGUCGACGGUAACAAGGACGUGGUAGGUCGGCUGGCCGAGGUGUCCCGGCAGGCGGCCAUCUUGGCAAAAUGCCAAAAGGUCGCCGCUGAUCACAUCCAGAACGGCGGUCAUGGUCACUGAUGGAACCCGGUUGGCCGUUUCGGUCUCGCAUCUUAACCUCAAAAAGCUGGUCCCCUGUUUGUCAUCUAAUUGCACAAUAUACUUUUCAAUAUACUUCUCUCGUGGCGGAGAGAGGAAGUGAAUGUGUCUACUUGCGACUGGGG